UUCCUCUUCUGCCAGCAACAGAAGCUCAUUCGUCAGUCUCUCAACUGACGUAUAAGAAUGUUCUCGCAAAAUCUUCUCAGCUUUAUUUGGGCACAGUGGGGUAUAAAAAGAAGGCUAGUGCCCUCUUGGUGUCUUUAAGGAUCCUGCCACAGAGCUGGGGAGACAAGACUCGGACUCACUGGAAGGGACACAUGGAAGCCACACGCCCACUAGCCUUGGAUCAGCUGAGCCCUGGGGCUGAUGCUUGCCCACACUGCUGAGAAUGGCGCUGAGAGCCAGCCAGGCACCAGGACUAAGGUUAACCUGGGACGCUCCUGGACCGUGAUCCUGAUGUCUGUUCUGAACCACACGCUCAAGGGUGUGUUAAGGCAGACAGUCCCACUGUGGAAUCGGGGACCAGCAGGCAGAGAGCUCCCUGGAAGGCCGGGCAGGAAGAGCUGGUGCUUUUGACUAGACAAACUUUUAGGAGCUGCUGGGCUGGUCCACAGGAGCCCAGAGCCUUACAUUCCAGGAGAAAGAGGCCAACGUCCAGAGAGCUGCUGGUUCUUCCUGACGCAGGCUUUCCCAGGGCUCUGAUCGCAGGGCCAAGCAAGGAGUGUGAGCUGACCUCCCAGCUGACAACACUGUCUUGUAUCCCUGUUCCCUGUCUUCAUUCCCAUCUCCUGGCCCCAGCCAGCACUUCCAGUUUCUCCCAUUCAUCUUGUGUGGACCAGGCGUGUUCUCCAGGCACAACCCCUUGGACACGGCCUGACCUUGCCUAGCCGGCCCCAGUCGGUGCCAUGGCUUCAGCCGAGCCCCUGACGGCGCUGUCCCGCUGGUAUCUGUACGCCAUCCAUGGCUACUUCUGCGAGGUGAUGUUCACGGCAGCCUGGGAGUUCGUGGUGAACUUGAACUGGAAGUUCCCGGGGGUCACGAGCGUGUGGGCGCUCUUCAUCUACGGCACCUCCAUCCUUAUCGUGGAGCGCAUGUACUUGCGCCUGCGGGGCCGCUGCCCGCUGCUGGUGCGCUGCCUCAUCUACACGCUCUGGACCUACCUGUGGGAGUUCACCACCGGCUACAUCCUGCGUCAGUUCAACGCCUGCCCCUGGGACUACUCCCAGUUCGACUUUGACUUCAUGGGCCUCAUCACCCUGGAGUACGCCGUGCCCUGGUUCUGCGGGGCCCUCAUCGUGGAGCAGUUCGUCAUCCGCAACACCCUGCGCCUCCGCUUUGACAAGGAUGCAGAGCCCGGGGAGCCCGGCGGCCCCUUGGCCCUGGCCAACGGCCACGUUAAGACUGACUGAGUGGGGGGCUAGUGGGUGGGGCCCGGGGGUCUCUCAUGGACCGUGUGGACAAAGAUACCAAGCUGGUGGGGUUGCCCUUUCUGUACAGCACAAGCCCAGCCCCAGCCCGGCCUCGGCCCGGUAGGGCGCUCUCAUCCCCGCGCACCCUCCACUGUGGGCGGGCAUUGGGGCGUGGCCAGGUGUGGGGGCGUGGUCGGGUGUUGGCGGUGAGGUGUCGAGGCAGCCGAGGGACUUUGGGAAAGGUCUGAGGAUCUCAGCACAGCUCAGACGCUGGCGGCGGGAGGCCUGUGGCUAAGCAGCGACUGGACUACAUGGGUGACUUUGGAAGCAGCAGGCCCUGUCCUGGCUAAGGGACUCAGAGAAUGGGCAGAAGACGGGAGGCAAGGCUUGAGGGGGCUUUGGGCUGCUGCAGCGGCCACCUCGCUCCCUCCCACCUUGUUUAGUUGGGCUUUGGCUGGUUCCAUUAGGCAAUAUUCAGGUGCUUGCUUGCAACCAAUACCUCCCCAGGGGCCUGCUGAGCUGCAGCUGAGACUGGGCAGCCAGGAGGCUGCUUGGCAGUAGUGUUGGUCUACAAGGGCUGGGAGGCCUUCCCUUGGCUCCACUCCCUUCCCCCAGGGCCCCAUGCUGCUCCCUUGGCCUUUUGGGGGCCCCCCUGGUGCUGGAUUCCCACCAACCUUGGGCUUUUGGAGGUUUUAAUCCCUGUGUGUUGGGUGGCGUUUCCCCCUUUUCUCUUUUAUUUUCAAGGCUUUACCACUAGCGGCCCCUUUGUCCAUGUCAAUCACCCCACCCACCCCCACCCCCACCCCCAGCUCCCUAGCCAACACAGCAGCUGCCGGAUAUAGAACCCUGAGACAGACCCCGCCUUCCUGCAGCCUUCCCUCCCUAUUUCUGCUGGCCUGGUGACUGGGAACACCUCCUCACCCCUGGUCUGCUGGGUGGUGGCAAUGCCCUGGUGCUCUUCUCCAUGCUCCCUCCGGCAGUGGCCCAGCUGAAAAUGAAUGACACCCCCAACACGCAGUCAGGCCGAGAUGGACCACACGGAUCCGCAAUGGGGACUUAGAGACAAAUCAAUUCCGGGUGGUAGUGGUGGUGGGAGGGGUCAAGACACCCGGCUGGUUUACUUUCAAGCCAGUCAGGGACAAUCUAGCUUUCUAGGGGAUGGAGGAGCAGGUAUCCAGUGUUGGAGACCCAUGGAGAAUGAGGGAGGAGGAAAAAGAGGAGGCCUUUCAGCUUUGGGAGAGCCUUUGGAGCAUCCUUAGUGCGAAGAACUCAGUUCUGGUUCUGCCAUAGCCCCAGCCCUGCAGCCAAACCUCCUCAGGGCUUCCCCUUCCCCCACUCCUCCCGGCAAGGCUGACCCUUUGAGCUUGCUCCUUAAACAGUAUUAACCCUGCCAUGCUCAUGGUCAUUGUCAUCUCGGUUGCUCUGCCUUCCCCCAUGACAGGUCCAUUGCUGGCAGUGGACAGGUGAAAUUCUCACUCCAGCUCACUUCCAGCUCCAGCCCCCACUCCCGGAGAGGAGAGGUCCAUCAGGAUGGCAGCCUAUCCCAUGGUAGAUGGGUUCUUCUUGACCACACUAGGACUCUUAGGUAGAAAUUAGCCUCUCUUUCUAUAGGUCAUUAAAAAGUGAUAAUCCCACACCUGUGGAGAGAAUCUCCUCUUCUUGCUGUGCUGCAGCUCCACCUGGGUGGUGCAGACAGCGCCAGCCAAGGGUGUGUGUUUGCCGGGGCGGGGGGGGG